UUUAAUAUAGUGAUAUAGCUUUUGAGAGAUAGAAACAUGCUGUCCCGGAUACUUUUGGGUUCACAACCUCUGCGGUCCAAUGUAUUUUGUUCAACGCAAGUGAAGGUUUUCCAGGUUUUUCCAAGACCUCGGAAAGUUGUUUGUUUUACAGCGCAGGGUAGUUGCGGAAUUCACGUGGACAGCCCACCCACUAUUCCCUCUCUGACCACUAGUUAUGCUCACGGCACUUCCUCCACCUCCCUGCUCUCCAGCACGGUAGCUGGUGCUCUGCAGGCCACUGUGGAACGCUGUCCGGACAGAGAAGCCCUGGUAUUCCUAAAGGGCGGGAUCAGGAAGACUUUUUCACAGUUACAGCAUGAUGUCGACCAGGCUGCUGCAGGACUGCUGGCCAUGGGACUCAAGAAGGGGGACAGAAUGGGCAUAUGGGGCCCCAACAUAUAUGAGUGGGUGCUAUUCCAGUUUGCCACAGCCAAGGCUGGCAUCAUACUGGUAUCAGUGAAUCCAGCGUACCAGGUACAAGAAGUGGAGUUUGCAUUAAGAAAGGUGGGAUGCAAUGCGAUCCUGUGCCCGACCCAGUUUAAGACUCAAAAUUACUGUGACAUGUUGAGACAGAUCUGUCCAGAGAUUGACUCUGCCAGCCCUGGAGCCAUAAAGAGUGCUAAGCUCCCAGACCUCCGCAUUGUGAUUGUGACAGACAGCCAACAGCCCGGCAUGUUUAGUUUGAGCGAUGUGAUGCAAGCCGGGAGCAGCCAGUAUAUUCAGCAGCUACAGGAUCUUCAGAAGAAACUCUCAAGCGACGAUCCAAUCAACAUUCAGUUCACAUCGGGCACAACCGGGUCCCCGAAAGCUGCCAUGCUGUCCCACCACAACAUCGUCAACAAUGCCUACAUAAUCGGCAGACGCGUGGGCUACGAUUGGAGGCCUGACGUGCGAGUCUGCCUACCAGUGCCCCUGUUUCACUGCUUCGGCUCCGUGGGUGGUGGCAUGUGCAUGGCCGUGCAUGGUGCCACCAUCAUCUUCCCCUCCCCUGGGUAUGACGGGCACGCCAAUCUGGUAGCGAUGGAGAGCGAAAGGUGUACUUUUGUAUAUGGCACCCCUACCAUGUAUAUUGACAUGCUGGGAAAGCCUGACUUGGCCAAGUAUGACUUGUCUUCGGUGGAGGCAGGCAUUGUGGCUGGUUCUCCAUGCCCCCCUGAAGUUGCAAAGAAGGUCAUCUCUACUAUGGGCAUCAAGCAUUUAACAAUUGGCUAUGGAACUACUGAAAAUAGCCCAGUAACGUUCUGUGGGUUCCCAAUAGACAACAUAGAAAGGAAGACUGAGACUGUUGGAUGCAUCACCAGCCACAUCGAGGCCAAGGUGGUAGACCCUACAACUCGACAGAUCGUGCCCCUUGGGAACCAAGGAGAGCUGAUGAUUAGAGGCUAUUGUGUCAUGCUGAACUACUGGGAUGAUGUCGUUAAAACGAACGAGUGCAUCACCAAGGACCGUUGGUACAUGACUGGUGACAUUGCUAGCCUUGACGGCUACGGCUACUGCCGCAUCGAGGGCCGAAUCAAAGACAUGAUCAUCCGGGGAGGGGAGAAUAUCUACCCCGCGGAAGUUGAGCAGUUCCUGCACACCCACCCGAAGGUCCAUGAGGCACAGGUUGUUGGAGUAAAGGAUGAACGUAUGGGAGAGGAGUUGUGUGCCUGUAUCAAGCUGAAGGAAGGACAGGACUGCAGUGCCGAGGAGAUCAAAGCUUACUGCAAGGGCAAAAUUUCUCAUUUCAAGGUCCCACGCUAUGUGACAUUUGUGAAGAGCUACCCACUCACUGUUUCAGGAAAGAUUCAGAAGAACAAACUGCGCGAGCAGACGGAAAAGUUACUGGGACUGUAAAUGAAUGAAAAUGGUGGGAGCAAAUCUGUGGAUUGUAGCUGAAAUAUCCAUCUUGUGUUUUUGGUCUACUCUGUAAAACUCCAUAACCAGAUCAAAGCACAGCCAUGAACCAUAGAUGUAGUUUGCCAUGCCAAAUUUUCCUCUUGAUGUUCUAUACAAUAUUUAGGGUGUUUAUAUACUAUCAGACCUUGGAUGAUAGAAAUGAGUACAGUUUAAAUAUCAAUGGGCAAUCAUUCAGUUAAUGUUGAUCAGUACAAUGUGCUGUAUUUGGGUCUAUGUACUCAACCUGUUACAGCAAAUCAAACCAGUUUACAGCUUCUACUUCAGUACAUCUUUUCUAGCAUAAAAUGUAGCCUUUAUAUUAUUAACCAUGAAACCUGUCUUCCGUUUAUUACUAAAAUAAACGCUGUCACACUAUUGAA